AUGUACUAUCAAAAUCCGAUCCACGUAUGUCCUGUACAUUCAUCUACAACGUGUUUCUUAGUCAUUGUUGUGUUCGAAAAGUCAUUUCCGGAUGAUCAGUGGGUUGAGCUGGAUAGAACAGAGAUAAUCCAGAACAACCUAAAUCCAGACUUUGCUAAGAAAAUUGUUAUGGAAUAUCAUUUUGAAGAACAACAAAGACUAAAUUUCGCCGUGUAUGAUGUUGACAGCAAAUCCGACAAAUUGGACAAACACGACUUUUUGGGAAAUUGUGAAACUACUCUAGGGGAAAUUGCAUCGUCAGGUAAAAUCACAAAGCCGCUAAAAAAUGGUCCUUCAAAAGACUGUGGUUCAAUUAUUAUUUCUGCUGAGGAAGUUUCUUCUUGCAAAGACGAACUUACACUUGAUCUUUCAGGAAGGAUGCUGGAUAAGAAGGAUAUAUUCGGAUCUUCUGACCCUUUCCUAGCAUUUUAUCGAGUAAAUGAAGACAGAAGUCGGACGGUUGUUUAUCGUACUAAAGAGAUAAGAAAUACAUUGAAUCCUAACUGGAAACAAAUGGUCAUACCAAUGAGACUUUUAUGCAAUGGAGAUCAUGACAGACCAGUGGUUAUUGCCUGCAUUGACUGGAAUAGAAGUGGAAGAGAAAGUUUAAUUGGUGAAAUCACGACAUCUGUGAAUGAAUUGUUACAAAUGUAUAACAGUGGUGUAUACUCUCUUGACCUUAUUAAUCCUCGUAAGGCCAAAAGGCAUAAACAUUAUCAGAAUUCUGGAACUCUUCAUUUAAAUUUGGUGAGAGUAGAGAAAAUAUACAGCUUUUUGGAAUAUGUACAAGGAGGCACUGAACUGAGCUGUUGUAUUGCAAUCGAUUUUACAGCAAGCAAUGGUAGUCCACAAGUUCCCGGUACACUGCAUUACAGUACAAUUUCACAGCCAUCACAAUAUGCAUUAGCUUUACAAGCUGUCGGUGAGAUAAUCAGUGAUUAUGACAGUGAUAACCUGUUCCCUUCAUUUGGAUUCGGUGCUUGUAUUCCACCGGAUAACACAGUUUCACAUUGUUUCCCUUUGAAUGGACAUAUGGAUAAUCCAUAUUGUGAAGGUAUACAAGGUGCUAUGGCUGCUUAUGCUCAUUCUUUGAGAACAGUUAAAUUUCAUGGGCCAACAAAUUUUGCACCAAUUAUUAAUACAGUAGCUAGUAUUGCUCGACAGUCUGUUGAUGGUUCUCAAUACUCAAUUUUACUAAUUCUAACAGAUGGUAUCAUAUCAGAUUUACCGCAAACAAAAGCGGCUAUCGUAAAUUAAUAAUCUUUAGUUUAGGCGAAUAUUUCGCUCCUGCAUUCAGUACAAAUUCUGACAGUGAUAUGUGGAUAGGUUAACACUUUCUGGAUGCCUAAUCUGGAAGUUGAUAUUCUUUCCAAUUCGUCUGAAAAACAAAAUGGACUAAUUUCUCAUGACUCUAACACUCAGGAAAUAUCUGCUUUGAAGUCAGUGAUGAUAUGCACCCGUAUUGCGG